AUGUCCGGCUCACUGAUGCCUGAGGCACAACCUUCGAACACCCCAAAUCCAUUUUCUGAACGUGGAGAUGCGAGCGCGCCACUAGCGCAGCACUUAGCACCUGGGUCUGAUGAGACUAUCAUCACGAACCCGCUCGAUGAUCGACAACAAUUUAUUGUCCAAAGAGAAGAAAACGCUCAGCGUUAUGUACAAAUGGCUGCAACCCUUGAAGGCCAGCGUGACCAUGUGUUAACCCCACCCUGUGUGGAGGAACGUCUACGUCAAGCGGCCGGCCAAACAUUGGCAACGUGGGUCAUUGGCCAUGGGCCUAAGACUCCUGAGGAGGUGGUGAGCUGCCAGGCACUUCGUGAGAGGUACCUGGAGUCGCACCUAAAGACUCAAAGUUUAUACAAGGCACGCCUUGACAUGCAAGCACGUGGUGCACCGGUUCCACCGAUCAAGGGUAUACCCAUUCUCUUGCUCGCAGGCGAAAUAGUGAGUGAAGAAGAAGAUGCCUUCGCUCACUGGGUGCACUAUCUUCGGCAUGGUUAUGCCAAGCUUAAGGCCAGAGGCCAAUUGCGCAAGCGCACGCGCUAUGCUUCGGCUAUUAAGGUAGCCGCGAAUGCUGGUCAGUCUGUGGCCAACAACCCGCCAACUCGCACCACUAGUGGUGGGGAACGGCCCCGGUCUCGAGAUGACCAUGGCCACGAUGCUCAAAAGCAGCUAAAGCAUACGGGCAGUCUUGCCGAAGACGUACCUCAAAUUCCCAUGAGAUUUCAGACUCAGGGUACCUACGCCACUUUACCAGAUACUGGUAUUGGCCCUGACGACGACGUCGUGUCAUUAGUCUCUCGACAUUAA